AUGGAAAAAACUGGUAAAAUCGCAGACGGAGGCGGAAGUUGCGGCGGAAGAGAAACUUUGUCCUUGCUGCUCAGGCCGGUGUCGGCCCGGUGCGUGCGGGAGUGCCGGCUCCAUAACAGGCAGGGGCGCAGAAAAGGACGCCCUGGGACGAGGGCAGAGCGCGCCACAGCGCCCGUGGUUGUGGUUGUGGCGGUGCGCUGUCUCUUCCUGGUCACGGGAUGCCGCGCCGGAGCUGCCGCGGAAAAAGACCCUCAGGGCGGAGCUGCUUCUCCGCAACGCCGUUCUGCUGCUAAAGCCAAUCAGAGCGCGCCAAAGGUGUUCUACGCCGCUUUCUGCUUUUAUAUGGAUGCAUCUACAUUUGAAUGCAUCUUGCAGGAGCCAGUUGCCGGCGCAACGGUCCGGGGCCAGGAUUGGGAGAUGAACGAUUGA